AACAUCCUUAUGAAGCAAUGGACAGAGAUUAAAUAGCUCCAAAUUUAUACAACAUAAAUGUUGGCUCAUGUUUUACCAAAAAAAGCAGCAUGUCUGAAGACGCAUGUAACUGCCUACAGUCCCUUUUUUCUCUCUAAUUUCAUCUCUUCCCAUUCCUCCGCACUCCCAAUAUACCAUAACAUUGUACAAUCAAAGCCUUCAAAGUAAGUUCCUCAUUCUUUUUUCUGAUCCAAUUUUCCAUCCUUCAUGAAUUGUAAAAGUAGUUCUAUUCCAAUUUUCCUUUUCAAUCAUGGAAAUCGAAGGGGGAGGACCUGCUAGAAAUGGACAACCCUGCAUAUGAUCAUGUCUUUCUCUAUCUACAUCUGGGAAUGAAAUUGUUGAAAAACAUCAUUAUUAUAAUUGUGCAUUGACAUGGUUUAUGAAAACGUACAAUUCAAACCUUAGAAAGUCACAUGUUUGAUAUCGAUAACCCACCCUAAAAUCAUGUCAAAUUUUUAUUUCCUUCGUUGUUUUCAAAGCAUUAUCUUCCUUUGGAUUUCAUAUGUUAGAGCCUAUGUACAGAACAAACUUUCUAACAUCGCUGUGAUUAUCUGCAUUGUUUGAAAUUGAGCAUUAAAAAUACUCUUAUUUCAGGAAACUGCCAGAUAGAUUUGGUAUUUCUGGCGGUCUCUAUGUAAUUUCUUCAAAAUGUUUGACUCUGGUUACAAGUCACAGUAUAUUGGAGGCCAGAAGGAGAAGUUCGUAAGGUUGGAUGAUCUGGAUUCGAAUUUGUCGUAUCAAUCAAGCUCAAGUGGGAUGAAAAAAUUAAGAUUCAAUUUAGAUUCUCUGCCAAUUCCUGGUCGUGGAAGAAAAAGAGCAUCGAAAUCGUUUAAGCUAGGAGUGAAGAAGGGUUCGGAUGGACUAAAAACAUUUGGAAGAUCACUCAAGAGUGGGGUGACUACAUGGGCAGUGUUCCCUGAAGACCUUAAAGUUUCAGAGAAAAAAGUGUUUGAUCCUCAAGACAAGAACCUUCUGUAUUGGAACAAGUUUUUUGAGAUUCUAUGCAUUUUUUCUGUGGCUUGUGAUCCCUUCUUCUUUUAUCUUCCUUAUUUCAACCACAAAUCAUUUUGCCUCGCCAUAGAUAAUGAGCUAGCAAGUUUUGCUGUCACAUUGAGAACAAUAUGCGAUGCCGUUUAUCUUAUCCGCAUAAGUUUUCAGUUCCGCACUGCUUACAUCGCACCAUCAUCUCGGGUAUUUGGACGAGGUGAACUUGUCAUAGAUCCUACACAGAUUGCCAAGAGAUACUUACGACGUUAUUUCAUCAUUGACUUCGUUUCUGUGCUCCCUAUACCACAGAUUGUAGUGUGGAAAUAUCUUUACAGAUCAGGACGUGUAAAGGUCUUGGAAACAAAAACGUUACUGCUGAGAAUUGUGAUUCUGCAAUAUUUUCCAAGAUUUAUACGUUUUUUACCUUUAGCUUCUGAAGUUAAAAAGACAGCUGGUGUUUUUUCUGAGAACGCACUGCUCGGGGCCAUGUACUAUUUGAUAUGGUAUAUGCUUGCUAGUCACGUAAGUUCAACUCUUGGAUAUAGCAAACUAAAUCGUCUCCUUCAUUCUUCUGACAAUUCUCCAAUGUCACAGAUAACUGGCUCUUGCUGGUACUUACUAGCCAUUGAACGUAAUGACAGCUGCUGGAAGAAUGCUUGUAGAGCAGUUGAAGGGUGCAAUACACAUUUCUUGUACUGUGCGAAUUCGAACAAGCGUAUGCCAGGGUAUGACACUUGGAGAAAUGUUAGCGAAACUGUUCUGAAAAGUCAGUGCUAUGUGGAGGAUGGUUCCUCAGAAUUUAGCUAUGGCAUCUUCUCUCAAGCUAUAGAGUCUGAUAUUGUUGCUUCCAUAGAAGUUUUUCCUAAGUUCUGUUACUGUUUAUGGUGGGGUCUUCAAAACUUGAGUACACUUGGUCAGGGGCUUCUAACCAGUACAUACCCAACAGAGGUUAUGUUUUCCAUAGUAAUAGCUAUCAUGGGGCUUAUCCUUUUUGCUCUUCUGAUCGGAAACAUGCAGACCUACCUUCAAUCGAUGUCAGUUCGUCUUGAGGAAAUGAGGAUCAAAAGACGUGAUUCUGAGCAAUGGAUGCAUCAUCGUUUGCUUCCUCCAGAACUAAGGGAAAGAGUGAGACGCUAUGACCAAUACAAGUGGCUGAACACCCGUGGAGUAGAUGAAGAGAGCAUAGUUCAGAGUCUUCCAAAAGAUCUCAGGAGAGAUAUCAAACGGCAUCUUUGUUUGAAUUUAGUCAGAAGGGUUCCUCUCUUUGCCAACAUGGAUGAACGUUUGCUUGAUGCUAUAUGUGAGCGAUUGAAGCCUAGUUUAUAUACAGAGGGAACUUACAUAGUGAGGGAAGGGGACCCAGUUAAUGAGAUGCACUUCAUCAUACGUGGGCGUCUAGAGAGUGUCACCACAGAUGGUGGAAGAAGUGGGUUCUUCAACAGAGGUCUUCUGAAGGAAAAUGACUUCUGUGGAGAGGAGCUACUAACGUGGGCAUUGGACCCCAAAUCAGGUGCUAACUUGCCAUCAUCAACAAGAACUGUAAAGGCUAUAAAUGAGGUGGAGGCAUUUGCUUUGGAAGCAGAGGAGUUGAAGUUUGUUGCUUCCCAGUUUAGGCACAUCCACAGCAGACAGGUUCAGCACACCUUCCGUUUCUAUUCACAGCAGUGGAGAACAUGGGCUGCUAUCUACAUUCAAGCUGCAUGGAGGCGGCAUUGCAGGAGAAAGAUAGCAGAACAGCGCAGGAGGGAGGAAGAAGAAUUAUAUGACUCUGAUUAUGACAACAGUGAUGAUUCUGCAAAAGCGUUGGUCAAGCAUUCUGAAAAGGCUGCUUUUCCUUCUUCUAACCUUGGACUUGCUACAACCGUCUAUGCAUCUCGCUUUGCUGCAAAUGCACUUCGUGGUCAUAGGCGUCGUGAUUCAAGUUCCAAGGACAUACUCAAACUCCAAAAGCCCCCAGAACCUGACUUCAGUGAUUAUGAUGAAAACUGAUCCUCCUCCCCUUGCGGUUCAACUUGACUUGCAAGAUAUGCAUUCAUCAGCUGAUAUCACUAACGGUGUUAGCUUAUGAGGUUCAACAAAUUUUUGUUUGGGUAACCUAGAACACGAGUCUAGGUUUGUUUAAU